AUGGAUUCCACUUCUAGUGUUCCAUGGAAUCUAUUUCCAGGUUUAAUAGUUUGGCGUAGAGUCAGAUUUCUUGGUAGUGGUUCAUAUGGUGCAGUGUAUUUAACUUUUUUGACAAAUUUUAAUGAGUUGAAUCACCUACUUGCUGUGAAAACAAGCUUUCUAGCAUUAUCCACUUCUCUCUUUAAGGAGAAGAGAGUCCUUGCCAAUCUUGGGGACUGUCCCGAAAUCAUUGUUUGCUUUGGCCACAAGGUAACGGUCGAAAGAGGAAUGCAAUUAUACAAUCUAGUUCUUGAAUAUGCACCUUUUGGCACACUUUCGGACUUGAUCCAAACAUUCAUAUUACGGGAUAUAAACAUCAGAAUCUACACUACGAUUAUACUGAAAGGCCUUCGAUACAUGCACGCAAAAGGUUACGUCCACUGCGAUUUAAAGCCCGAUAACAUUCUUGUCUUUCCUUCUGAUCAACGUGGGUGUUAUCGAGUUAAGAUAGCGGAUUUCGGGUUGACUAAGGAGCCUGAUGAAGUAAUAAUUCCAGAUGACUACAAGAACAGGUUUCGAGGAACCCCGUGUUACAUGUCACCGGAAUCGGUGGUGCUCGGACAGAUUGGGCCUGCGCUGGAUAUAUGGUCUUUGGGUUGUAUUGUGAUAGAGAUGCAUACUGCAAAAAGUGCGUGGCAUGUCUUGGAGUGUACUCCAAGACUUGAUAUGGUUCAUCUGUUGGCUUCUACAAAGAUGACCCCGCCGAUACCUUGCGCCGUGACGGAAAUUGGGAGGGAUUUCUUGAGAAAGUGCUUGGCGAGAGAUCCCCGCGAACGAUGGACGGCACGGAUGUUGUUGAAUCAUCCGUAUGUGAGUGAAGUUUGA